GCUUAUCUGCAGGGACUUCCUGUCCCACCCACAUUUUCGUGUCACUUCCGGGUGGCCACACAAGACUCAUCAAGCGAGCCGUCGUUAUCAAAACGCUGUAAACAAAAGUUACUAAACGGUUUAGCUUCAACGACACAUUGAACGAAAAGACAUGCAUAUCAAAACAGGUACAUGGGAAGCCAGCAAUACUGUUUGUGAGUCAGAUACCCUGUGUGACCCAGCAGUCCUUGUUUCAGCCACCAACUCUGAGCCGCACAUUCGCAACAGACGGCUGUCUCCAGGCUCAGGCAACUGUGGAGGCGGCGGGGGUGGAGGCUGCAUCUCUGGAGGUGACCGACAGCUUUCACCUGAAGGCGACCUGAUCGGGCCCGGACACACACACACCUUCAGCGUCCGCAGGGAAAAAGAGCGCAAGGGCCAGCAGCACAAAGGCCGCAGCCUCCGCAGGGAAAGCCAGAAGGGGGUCAGCCGAGUAAGCGAGCGGCCACAGAAGAUUAACCAAAAGGAGAGGUGGGUGGAGGACAGUCUGUCACUGCUCAAGCCCCCACCUGCCUUCCCAGUGCAGGACAGCCCCGCCAAGCUGCAGCCUGCCGUCAGCUACGCCUCCAAGGUGAAGGCGGGAGCAACAAGUGGAGCGCUGGAGGAGGACCGCCCCGCCAUCGGUGUGCUGCUACAGAACCAGUGGGGUCUCAGCUUCAUCAGCGAGGCGAGGCCGGUCACAGAGGGCUCCAGCACUCGCCCCGCUGCCAACGCCCUCCCUCCCCAGCCCACAGACGCUGAACAGUCAGACCUACAGCUCGAGACAGUUCUCACAGUCCAGCCUCCCGAAGAAACACCCAUUCCAGUCGCUACCUUCAUCACCCCCACCACACACCCGGAGGUGGACGAGAGCAACGGGAAGCUGCUGCUUAGUUGUCGCCAUCUAGUGGAGGCUUUGAACUAUCACAGUAGAGAAUGGAAUGCGAUCUGUAACAAACAGAAAAAAGUUCCAAAAAAGGUUGUCUGGUACAAGGACACCCAGGAGCACCCAGCCUAGCAGUGUGAGAAACCCAAAGCAUAUAUAAACACAUACACAACACACACCUACAUGCACAUUAAAACAUGUAAAGAUGGACACAUUUUUGAGUCCUGUUCACACACAUACUGCACUCAGGAUGAUGUCUUCACGCAAAGCCACACUGAGACACUUUGGACUAACUCCUUUGAGAUCUUACAGAAAUGGACUUUUUUAACGCCUUACAGAAAGCCUGCCUUAAUUAAUCAGACCUGUUUUCAUCACCUCUCAUUACCAUUUUUAGCUUGUAUGUGUAGAGCUGGUCCUUUUUUUUGUUUUUGUUUUCUUUUAAACAAUCUGAGGAGCUGUAAUUUAACUUUUUUUUUUUUUUCCUUUCAAAGCUGCAAUUUUAACUUUUUUUUUUGUCCUCUGAAAAGCGAGCGGUCAAUCAAGCACUUUGUUAAAGAACCUGUUGUGACCAAUCCCUGCGUGCAAGAAACCCUCACCAGAGUGAUUUUUUUUUUCCCCCCUUCUUGAUUUACAAACAGAAGAAUGUCUGUCUUGUACCUGCUUGAGUUUUAUUGUUAAUGUAUGCAGAGGACUUGUGUAUCCAUGUCUUCAGUUUACAGAGGGGUGUAGUCAAAGGCACAGUAGAGUUCACCCUUUACCCCUGUCAGAUCUUAAUGCUGAGUUCCUUUCUUUGUUUUUAUUUGGAUCCCUAAUCAGAUGAAUGCUACUCAUGAAUUCAUAGGGGAUCUCACAAUGUUCCGUAUGUUGAUUUUU